ACUAAUACAAUAAUAAAGCUAAUGUGACUUUAAUGACUUGCAUACGUAGUUUAAAUAAAAAACAUAAACAAAACAAGAAAACAAGUCUUUUAUCGGAAACAGGGAUGAUAUUCGUAUGAAACCGAUAAACAAAUAUUGCGACUAAAUUAAGCAAUUUAAGCAAUUUAAUUUAAUUUGUUAAUACGCCGAGCUUUGUUUACGACAUGGCCACGCAGUGUAUGGGGAAUGAAGAUACGACUCAUUCACCUUCAGGCGAAUAGACGCCUGCUAAAGCCAUUGUAUUAGCAAACUCGGAGAGUAUUGUGCCAGAUAUGGAUGUGCAGACAAGCCGUGUUGUUCCAGACGGCGGCUGGGGAUGGGUUGUGGUGGCAGCCGUGGCCGUCAUCAAUAUGACAAAUCAGUCCAUAUUGUCCGUAUUUGGGCAAUUGUUUGUGGGGGAGCUGCGCCGGAUGAAUGAGGACACCUUUACAUCGGCGCUGAUUACGAAUCUGAACAGCUUGGCCCUGAACUUCUCGGGCCUGUUCGUUGGGCCGGCUAUCAAGAGCUUUAAGCCGCGCAAUGUGGCAGCCACCGGCUGCGUCUUGGUCUCCUUUGGCCUGGCGCUGUGCUCCUUUGCCACAGAGAGUUGGCAUUUCAUCGUCGGCUACAGCUUCUUUGUGGGCUUUGGCCUGGGACUCAUUUCGCCCUCCACAUUCAUGGCCAUCAAUUCCUACUUCAGCAGCAAGCGGGGCCGUGCCGUUGGCGUCUCCCUGGCAGGUGCUGGCGUUGGACAAGUGCUAAUACCACACGUGGUCCGCUAUUUCCUGGAUAACCACGGCUUUCGUUUUGCAGUCCUUGCCAUGUCUGCGCUCUCGCUGACUGGGCUGUUUGGAGCCAUGUUUUUGAAGCCUCUGAAUCCUCCCGUCAAACACAAUAACCGCCGACACAUUCGCCUGCUGGCCGAAACGGAUGGGGAGAAGGGCCAAUCGAGUCCCUUGCAGAUUGUCGUUGUAGCGACUCAAAGCAAGAUGGACGAAACGCAGCCAAGGAGCGAGUCGCUGUGCCGACGAAUGGGCAACCGACUGGUCCAAGCUAUGGACUUGGAGCUGCUCAAGGACGCUGUCUUCUGGAGCAUCAUUGUGGGCAUGGCGCUGGUCUACACGGCCACCAUCAACUUUACCAUGAUAUUUCCAGACUUUCUCGGUCAGACGGCUGGUCUGAACAGCUCAGUUGUGGCCUUCUGCAUGUCGGUGGUGGCUGGUGCCGACAUCGUGUGUCGCCUGCUGCUGCCCUGCAUUACUGAUCACCUGAGGAUACCCUACCGAGUGGUCUUCCUGCUCGGUACUGCUGGCCUACUGCUUGCGCGUCUUGUGCUGGCGGAGAGUCAAGACCUGGGCGUCAUAAUUGCCAUGUCCGUACUGAUGGGAAUGAUGAAGUCCGCCACAGUGAUCAACAACAAUCUCACCAUUUCGGCGCACUGUCGCUCGGAAAAGUUGGCCGGCGGUCUAGGGCUGAGCAUGAUGUCAAAGGGCGUUAUUGUUAUCACAGUGGGACAGCUGCUUGGAUGGGUACGCGACUACGCCGACUCCUAUGUCAUCUGCCUGUACGCCCAGACUGUGCUGCUUCUGGUAGUUGUCCUGGCCUGGGCACCGGAGAUCUACUACCGUUUCCGUAUGCAGAAGCGCACCAGCUCAAAGUCCAUGGAGACGACAGUGGAUGCCGCCGAAGAGGGUGCCAAACUGAACUCUUGAAUCUCGUGGCAUUGGUCUAGGAUAGAGCUUAAAUUAGCGAGGGGGGGUAUAUUUACGAUGUGAUAGUCGACGCUGUGAAAUAGCAUCGAGAGCCAUCCACUCGCUGGUUGCUCUGGUGGCUAUUCCAUGGCGCCGAUGGAUGGAUAGAAUUCGGGUUGUGAGCAAAGACCAGUGCCAGGUGCGCUAUGUAUUAGGAUUAAGGAUUUUUUCGACUAUUUAUUACCAUGUAGCACUUAUGAGACUUAACUUUUGUACUGCCGCAAGAGCCGAAACAGAAACACAAAUAUAAUUAUUACAAAAAC